AUGGACUCAAAACCACUAUCGAAAGAUUCCAUGAGAUCAACAUGGCGUACAGCCCCUCGCAGUACGUGGAAUUUCAAUCACUAUCUGCUAGACACGCUCAAUGUCCACCCCAUCGACCUGGAUAAGGAGGUGCCAGUCCACAGCAAAGAUGAGAAAAUACCGUUUAUGCCUCAGUGGUCUCUUCAGCGCUGGGUUCUGUUCUACUCGGCCGUUCCACUGCUCCUUCACGAGACUUACAUGGCAUUCACCGGCAAAACCGUCGGUCCUAUCACGGCAUUCAACUUCUACUUUUUCGUGUUCAACGCUAUCGUCAUUUACCAAGUCCAUGUCCUACGUCGUAUGGGACACAUCUACGGUUUUCUUGACGGCGAUAAACACGAACGUGAUGGAGUGCCAGACGUUGGUAUCGCCAAAGUAGUAACCUCGCUGUAUAAAACCACCGGCUCGCGAAUGAUUCUAUCCGUCUUCCUCUCCUACACUCAAACAUCCAGACCGUCUGAGAUGGCAUGGAGGUGGCUGCCGCUCGAAAUCGGCUUAUACGGCAUUGUCCUCGACUUCUGGUUCUACUGGUAUCACCGGCUCAUGCACGACGUGAGCUAUCUGUGGAAAUACCACCGCACACACCACCUAACCAAACACCCAAACCCCCUACUGGCUGCGUACGCAGACCAUGAACAAGAAUUCUUCGACAUGGUGGGCGUGCCGAUGAUGACAUACUUCAGUUUGAGGCUAAUGGGACUGCCGAUGGGAUUCUACGAAUGGUGGAUCUGUCACAACUACGUUGCUUUUGCGGAAGUGUUCGGACACAGCGGGUUGCGGUUGCAUCUAACCGUGCCAUCUACGCUGAGUUGGCUGUUACAGAUGUUCGACGCUGACAUUGUCAUCGAAGACCACGAUCUGCACCACCGUAAGGGUUGGCGCAAGAGCCACAAUUAUGGCAAGCAGACACGGUUGUGGGAUCGGAUCUUUGGAACUUGCACGGAGAGGAUUGAGUCUGUGGCUGAGAAUGUGGAUUAUGAAAACACGGCUACAAUGCCGUUGUUUUGA